AUGGUCCGUGGAGACAUCCGAUUCUUUUGGACUGAGCACCUCAAUAUUCAAUCAGCACCCGCGAGCCCAAGCAAAGCUGUGGGAAUAAAACAUAGAAAUCCUCCCAAACCAUCCAUGAUGCCUGCAUCCAUGCCAUUACGUGUAACAUUAAGGCUUGUAAAGGUAAUUACUUCUGAUUUUUUACUUUGACACUUGCUUUUUCUGUCAAACACAGCGCACCUUUGUGUUUAUGCGCUCAUGAAGUUCUUACCAAUAGCUGUGGACUGCAGGUCUGCAUUUCCUUCAAUGAGGCUCUUUUGGGACUUGUUUUUUUUCUUAAUUUCUUGACUUUUGGAACAUUGUUUUGGUUUUUUACUGGUAGUUGCUGCUCAGUAGAUUUCAGGUUUUUAAUUUUUGUAGGCUUAUUUUUUGGUGGCUUGUACUCGUCUUGGUCUGAGCUUGAUUCUGACCCCUUGGCGCCCCUAAAUGAUUCCUCUGAGUCAGAGACUGGCAUAGAUGAUUGCUUGGAGUUUCUUGGUGCAAAUUUCUUGGUUUCUGCGGGUAGUUCUUUGUUCUGUUUGUGAACCAUUAAUUUAUUUCUGCAUUUAACGGUGUCAAGCUUUCUGGCUGAAUAAGAAGUCUGCUCUCCCGGUAAAGGCUUCUUCAUCACUCUUUCAGUGAUUUUGGCGACAUUGUUACAUUCUUCAAAUGGGACUGUGGCGUAGUUGAGUAAUUUUGUUGGUGUCUUUUGCGGUCUGCCCUCUUCUUGUUUAUUUCUGCUUGCUCUCUGUUGGCUUUAAGACGAUUGAUAAACAGCACACAAUCCUUCUUCAUACCUUGCAUUAGACAUUCACCAUCAUAGUAUUCUUCUUUCAGAUUUCUGAAAAAAUUCACGACGUCCCAUCUAACUGCCACUGUUCCAAGUUCAGACAAAUUGUCAGCGUCUUCACAUUUCUUUAUUCAUGAGUUACGGCCCUCGAGACUUGUUAUUUUCCUUGUUGUGGAAUUCCACAACAUAAAAUAGUGCCAUUGUGAUUUCUGUCACAGAGACUGCAAGAACCGCUCAUUUGAGUAUAAUCGUCGAGUUGAUGUGGGAGUAGAUGUAUUCGUUAAAAUAUUUUUACUCAUAAACUUUAAGCUAUAAAGGAGCCAUGGAAAGGUCACCUGAAUAUUUUUUUACUUUGGACACAGUUGUUGGAGAAGGUAUGCCCAAAAUAAAAGACAGUAAUGACCGUGUGGAGGAAACAGGGAAGCAAGCAAUUGAAACAGGUUCUUGUGAUAACUGUGGACAGCGUUCCUCGUUUAAGCAGAGCUGAACAAGAAAACCAUCAACGCAGCUUAACUGCUAUUACAGAAAGACGACAAAGGAGGAAAAGAGAAAAUAUGUGCCAUACAGUGAACAAGGGAGUCCAUCGUGGCAUCUGAAGAGAUACUACACGCGAGGAAGGGCUUUAGAGAAAACCACAGAAACCGCAGCAGAUCUCAUAAGUACACGCUGUGCAUAUGUUGAUGUGGGCGAUGGUCAAGGCUACGACAUUUGAUUAGAUGUUAAAAGGGAAUGCAUUGAUCAGACCAGUGAAUCGGGGGAAGCUGAGCCCUUGCAGUAAUGGUCAGAAGAAUGAUUGUUUCAUUCGUCCUGAAACACAAUUUGAGAAAAAAUGCCCGGCAAGACCUUCUUCACGUUAUUGCAAUACUACUUGGCAACUGUUGUGGACAAGUGUUGAAAUCAGUUUACGACAUGAAAGUUUUUCUUAAAAACUACUUUAGAUGUUGAACCCACAGCAAUACGAUACUGUGGCAGCUGCUUAAACCUGUCAAAUCAUGGCAACUGUAAAAUGCUGCACUGUUCGGGCAAAGGAGUUAACACAUUCUUAAAGGAAUUUUUCAAGGACUCUGAAUUCAGAAAAUUCAUUAGAAAAGAAGAAGAACAAAUGAAAAAUUAUCUGGGCCGGAAAAUACCUGACAUUUAUCCUGGACUGGAUUAUUUCAACUUUCCUUUGCCAGGUGGAUUUUUGACUCGAACGUUUAACAUUUCAUUUGCUGUUAAUACUGAUGGCCUGUAUAUAUUAUGAUUAAUGAACUUCCUAAGGAAUACUGCUUCAAAAGAAAUACAUCAUACCAGCAUGUAUAUACUGUGACAAACAUGAUCCAAAUAUGGUAACAUUAACAUCCCUUAAUGGAUAAACUAAGCGCUCUUCAUGAAAAGGGAAUAGACAUUUAAGAAUAAAGCUAAAGGUCAUAUCAAUGUUCGAUGUCUCCCUUUUGUUGUCACAGCAGAUCUGGCAGCACAUGCUGACCUCAUGAAUAUGAAGCGCUUCAAUGCAAAAUGCGCCUGUGAUCUUUGCAAAAAUGAGCGAAAAGGAUAUUGACUUACUAAUCUACACCAUUGUAUAUGUAAGAAAAUUUUUUUGUCUUAUAUAUGUAAGAAAAUUUCAAAAUCUAUUGGCGUCAUGUUUAGGUCUCGUUUCUUUCUUUCUGAAACAACAAAAAAGUCUCUUUAUUAUACCUUAAUUUAUCCUUAUUUAACAUAUUGUACCACAGUUUGGUCCUCCACUUAUGUAACAAACCUUAAUAGAAUUUUUCUUCUACAAAAGCGAGCAGUACGAAUUAUUACAAAUGCAGAUUUUUCGCGCACUCUGAACCAUUAUUUUUCCGUUUAAAGAUUUUGGACAUAUACAACAUUAAUUCAUUCUAUACUGCACAAUUUAUGUUUUCAUAUUAUCAUCAAUUACUGCCACCGCUUUUUUUUCGAACCUUUUUGUUACUAGUAGCAAUAUUCAUAAUUAUAAUACUAGAAGUUCCUCGCAUUUCCGUUCUCAUGCCUGCCGAACUAACACCAAACAAUUUUCUAUUUUGUUCCAAGGCCCUAAAAUUUGGAAUUCUUUACCAAACUCAGUCACUUCGAUUUUUACAUUGCAAUCGUUUAAAACGAAAGUUUUUGAUUUUCUACUAUAUCGAUAAUGCGUCUUGUACUGUCCGUUGUUGUGUGUUGUUAUAGUUCUAUUGCUUAAUAUUAUUGUAACGAGGGGGCCUCCUCGUACAAGCCUUGUGGUUUUCUGAGGUCCCCUCGCCACAUCUUUGUAUAAUGUAAUGCUUGUGUAAUCUUUAUUGUGGGAAAAUAAUAAAUAAAUAAAUAAAUAAAUUGCUGGCCAUUCCAAGAAAACGAACAGCAACAUCAUAAAGAUCAAUUGUCCUACGCCGCUACUGCCUCACAAAAAAAGGCAGUCAUGGGUGUUAAAGGUCACUUAGUUUUCUCUAAGCUCAAUUAUCCCUUUGAUCUAAUGUUUUCUUUUGCUGUUGACUGGAUGCAUUGUGUUUCGCUGGGAUAUGUCAAGUACGUGAUGACACUCUUGACACAAGACAAAACCAGAUCAUAUUUCAUUGGAGCUGCUAGUAGGAUGAAAAUUCUUCCCGAUAGGCUGCUUGCCAUCAAGCCUCCUGAUAUCGUGGGUAGAUAUCCACGUGCACUAAAUUAACACACUGGAAAACUACUGAACUGAAAAACUGGUUAUUACACUAUUCCUUAUAGUAAUGCAUUCUACCUUAUAGCCUUUGUAUCUAUUGCACUGGUCCCUUCUCCUGGGGGCAGUGAGGUGACAUCCGAUUUUAUUGGUCCGAAUGACGUAAAAGAGGCUGACGCAGUGUUGCAAGAUUUUGUUCUCCUAAAGGCUACGUUGUAUGUACCAUGAACAUUCACAUUCUACAGUACUUGGCCAGUUAUGUUGCCAGAUGCGGUCCCCUCUGGGCUUAUAGUUGUUUAGUGUUUAAAAAUAUGAAUGCUUGUGUGAAGCGCCUUGUCCAUGGAACUCACCAUCCUAAAGAACAAAUGGGAUGUACCCUGGGCCUUUGUUAUGCGAUGACAGAGUUUAUUAAGCAAAGUCUUAAAGAAAAGACAUUGCCUAAAGAGGCAUAUACUGUGUUACAAAGACUAGAGGAAAAAGUCAGGCAUCCCUAAAAAUUGCAGAAGGAUGUUUUUCUCAGAAAAAUGCAGCAAAAGCACCCGAUGUGGACAACAUUCUUACCAUGGCACGAGUUUAUUUCAUUGUUAACAACUGCCAAGAAGGUUAUGGUAACAAAAACCUUGUGAUAUUUUACAUAUCUGAAAAACAAUAUGGGCAGAGAUUUAGCUCUAUUAUGUAUGAACGGCAAGAAAGACGGACUGUUCUGUCAGUGAGUAUACUAAUCAAGGUGGAUAUAUUUCUUCUGCUCGAAUCCAUUGCUUCUUGAGAUUUAACUAAGAUAACCUUUGUGCUUGCUACGAAUUUAGGCCGGUAGAGAACAGCAACUCUCUCUUCAUAUUUAAUGACAUACCUGUUCCUGAUGAUGUUGUUAUGACAGGUACAAAAAGAAUUGUUAUGACAAGGGUCACUGACAAGUAUGUUCAAAAGGAAAUUGUCAAACAUCAAAUAGUUGUGGAACUGUGAGUGCUAUCUAUGGGAGGCCAUAUCAUUCAAAAGUGGUACGAAUGCUCGAUUGAUGAUCAAGAUCACGAUCGCUAUGAUUGAGUUUCUCGAUCGGUGGUUGAGAAUGAAGAUCUUAGUGGUUGAGAUUAUCGAUUGAUUAAUGACAACCACGAUCACUAUUAUCUAAACAGGGUUUGUAUACUAGAAACACAAUCCCUGUCGGGAAAGAAAGAUCGGUAAUGAACUCUGAAGAACUAAAGGACUGGAUGGAAGAAGUGUCGAUUGGGGAUCCAGAAUGUCAAAUGCAACGAUUGAAAUUAUCGCUUUUGGGGGUGACAAUCAAAGAGAACUGGAAACAAGUGGGGAUAAAUCAUGUUCUUUAGAUCAAGUAGAAUGUAAAGAGGGAUUGAAAGUGAGCUGAGAUGAUGGCCACCGACGGACAUACUGAAGAUAUUAACAAAUUUCUUUCGUCCUUGGGACAUUGUUUCGAGGACGCCGAUAAGGCUUUAAAAGAUGAAUGCAAUUCUGUCCCUCUGGACUAUACAGAAAGCUGACUCGAGGACCACCUUCAAAUUGUCAAUGCAAUUGCAAUUGCUAUACAAUAUUACGGUGGUGAUGAAUUAAAGCAGCUUGUUUCAAACCUACAGACGUUUUCUCAAACCUUGUUGUAUAAAAUCUAUACCACUAAGGUUCAGAGAGAUGUCAGUGGUAUGUGGGUAUGUGUUGGGUAUGUCAGUGGUGGUUUGCGAGCUCAUGGUAUUUUUGUACAAAGACACCAAAUAAGAGAAAUUCUUACAACGAUUGAUCCCGUUGGCAGAGCAUUGCAUAGAAGGGCUGCUAUUCGAAGCAGGCAAUACAAUGUCAGAGCUCCUAAUCAUAUGUGGCACAUUGUUGGCAACCAUAAACUGGUGAAUUGGAGGUUUGUUGUAUAUGAUUGUACAGAUGGCUAUAACAGGGCAAUUGUAUACAUAAAGUGUGCACUUAACAACUUGGCAUCUACAGUCUUACGAUAUUUUAUUGAGGGAACCCCUUUGGAUUGCCUCUGCGUGUGAGGGGUGACCAUGGAGUCGAAAAUGUUGAGGUUGCAAGGUUUAUGGUUGAGAGGAGAGGUGUCAAUCGAGGUAGUUUUAUAGCAGGACGUAGUGUCCACAAUGUCAGAAUUUAGAGACUUUGGCGGGAGAUGAACAGGGUUGUCACUACUUUUGACAACCACAUCUUUCAUUUCUUGGAAGAUUCUUGUUUGCUUAAUUCACACAGUGAGUUUGAUCUUUUUGCUCUACACUACAUCUAUUUACCCAAGAUCAAUGCAUCACUUGAGCAGUUUGUUGAGCAGUGGCACUUCCAUGAGAUACGCACUGCAGGAUAUCAGUGCCCAAGGGCUUUGUGGCAUGCAGGUAUUCUGCACAGUAUGAAUGGUGUAGUAGUUUACGAACCAGAAACUUACGGUAUUGCUUUUGAAUCUGGUGUUUCAGAGGUUGAUGAUGAUUACAGUGUUGUUGUUCCUGAGAAUCAAAUCCAGCUAACAGAGUAA